GGGGGGCAGGGCUCCGCAGCGAGAGUGGCAGCUGGACCUGGCGAUGCUGAGAGGGACAGGGCGCAGAGCCGCAGUGCCGUAGCGGGCAGCGGAGGCAGCCGGCCCUUCCAGCAGCCAACCGAGCCCCUAGCGGGAGGCGGGAGACCCCGGGGCGCCAACCCCUGGCGGCCGGCUGAUGUCUCCGCCCCGGAGAGGGCUGCACCGGGAGGACGCCCGGGCGGCCGGCUCUUCGGUCCCCUUCUGUCCCUCGGUUCUUCUUUCCUCCCAAGUAAGGGAAUAAGAGGCUGAAGAAGGGAGCGCCCCCGGCGAGCGCGCAACCAAGUGUUGCACGGUGAGGAACUGCCAGGAUUUCGUGGUUGGCCUGGAGUAUGUUGCCCGAGGAGCAGCAGAAGUCUCCUGUCAGCUGCUGAAAGGUGCCCCCGGCUGUCGUCAGCACGGAGUGCUCUAGAAGGCUCCUGAAGGCCUGGUCCACCGCAUCCCUGCAAUGAGCCCGGUCCUGAGCCAGGCUUUGGCUUCUCCCUGGUGAGCAGAACUCUGUCCGUGGCCUCAAGGUGCUCGCACUCGGCUGAAAGAUGAGUGAAGAACGAUGGGUCUCUCUCUCACCAGAAGAAUUUGAUCAGCUCCAGAAAUACUCUGAAUAUUCCUCCAAGAAGAUAAAAGAUGUAUUGACCGAGUUUAAUGAAGGGGGAAGCCUCAAGCAACAUGACCCACACAAACCCAUUAGCUAUGAUGUCUUCAAGCUGUUCAUGAGGGCAUACCUGGAGGUGGACCUUCCUGAGCCACUGAGCACACACCUCUUCCUGGCCUUCAGCCAGAAGCCCAGACAGGAGACACCUGACCACCCAAAGGAGGGGUCCAGCAGUAGUGAGCCCAAUGUCUCAGAUUAUAAUGCGGAUAACGCUGCCAAAGCAGAUGAGGCCUGCGCUCCAGAUACUGAAUCCAAACUGGCUAAGACAUUGGCACCACCCAAAGACCCAGAGGCUGCAGCGCCAUGGGGAGACCCUGAUGCUCUGUCUUCAAGCUCAGAUGCCCCAGUGGUGUACCUGAAGGAUGUCGUAUGUUACUUGUCCCUCAUGGAGACUGGGAGACCGCAGGAUAAGCUAGAAUUUAUGUUUCGUGUCUAUGAUUCAGACGAAAAUGGACUCCUGGACCAAGCGGAGAUGGAUCGGAUUGUGAACCAAAUGCUGCAUGUUGCCCAGUACCUGGAGUGGGAUCCCACGGAGCUCAGGCCUAUAUUGAAGGAGAUGUUGCAGGGAAUGGACCACGACAAGGAUGGCUUCGUGUCUCUACAGGAGUGGGUCAAUGGGGGGAUGACCACCAUCCCGCUGCUGGUCCUCCUGGGAAUGGAUGACUCUGAUCCCCAGGGAGACGGGAGGCAUGCCUGGACCCUGAAGCAUUUCAAGAAGCCCACGUAUUGCAAUUUCUGCCACCUCAUGCUGAUGGGUGUUCGGAAGCAAGGCCUGUGCUGCAUUUAUUGUAAAUAUACCGUCCACCAACGCUGCGUAUCCAAAAACAUUCCUGGAUGUGUUAAAACAUACUCAAAAGCCAAAAGGAGUGGCGAGGUGAUGCAGCACGCGUGGGUGGAAGGGAACUCCUCCGUCAAGUGUGACCGGUGCCACAAAAGUAUCAAGUGCUACCAGAGUGUCACCGCGCGGCACUGCGUGUGGUGCCGGAUGACGUUUCACCGCAAAUGUGAAUUAUCGACGGUGUGUGACGGUGGGGAACUCAAAGACCACAUUCUGCUGCCUACCUCCAUAUGCCCUGUCACCCGAGACAGGCAAGGAGGGAAGUCCGAGGGCAGUGUGGCCGCCAAGGGGGAACUUGUGACCCAGUAUAAGAUCAUCCCUAGCCCGGGGACUCAUCCCCUGCUGGUCUUGGUGAACCCCAAGAGUGGAGGGAGACAAGGAGAAAGAAUUCUUCGGAAAUUCCACUACCUGCUCAACCCCAAACAAGUUUUCAACCUGGACAACGGGGGCCCGACCCCAGGAUUGAACUUUUUUUAUGACACCCCAGACUUCCGUGUCCUUGCCUGUGGCGGAGAUGGGACAGUUGGCUGGAUUUUGGAUUGCAUUGAUAAAGCCAACUUCACCAAGCACCCGCCAGUGGCUGUCCUGCCUCUCGGAACAGGGAACGACCUCGCGAGAUGUCUUCGCUGGGGAGGAGGUUACGAAGGGGGCAGCUUGACAAAAAUCCUCAAGGAAAUCGAACAGAGCCCGUUGGUGAUGCUGGACCGUUGGUACCUAGAAGUCAUCCCGAGAGAAGAGGUGGAGAAUGGAGACCAGGUCCCAUACAACAUCAUGAACAACUAUUUCUCCAUCGGUGUGGAUGCUUCCAUUGCGCACAGAUUCCACAUGAUGAGAGAGAAACACCCUGAAAAAUUCAACAGCAGGAUGAAGAACAAGCUGUGGUAUUUUGAAUUCGGUACCUCGGAGACCUUUGCCGCCACCUGCAAGAAGCUCCAUGACCACAUAGAGCUGGAGUGUGACGGAGUCGAGGUGGACCUGAGCAAUGUCUUCCUGGAAGGCAUCGCCGUUCUCAACAUUCCUAGCAUGUACGGAGGCACCAACCUCUGGGGAGAAACCAAGAAGAACCGAGCUGUGAUCCGGGAAAGCAGGAAGAGCGUCACAGACCCGAAGGAGCUCAAGUGCUGUGUCCAAGACCUCAGCGACCAGCUCCUUGAAGUAGUGGGUCUGGAGGGAGCCAUGGAGAUGGGACAGAUCUACACGGGCCUGAAGAGUGCAGGCAGGAGGCUAGCCCAGUGCUCCUCUGUUAUCAUUAGGACCAACAAGCUGCUGCCGAUGCAAGUCGAUGGAGAGCCCUGGCUGCAGCCACGCUGCACGAUUAAAAUCACUCACAAAAACCAGGCGCCUAUGAUGAUGGGGCCUCCCCAGAAGAGCAGCUUUUUUUCACUGAGGAGGAAAAGCCGUUCCAAAGACUAAACAGCGUGCCAAACACCAGCUCUACCAAGAAAGGAAAGAAGAAUCCAUGGCUUUACACACAUGCACAAGCACACGCACACGCACAUACAUACACGCACGCACGCAUGCACACAUGCGCACACCUGUAACCAGAGGAAGCAAAGCCACCCUUCUGGGGGAAAAUGUCAUCCUGCCAUUUUGAAAAUGGAUCCACUCCUAACAGAGCCAAUACCCAUGAAAUAUUUUGAAUGGACUCAGGGCCCACCAGGAUGGGUUGGCUCAUAACAGCAACUUCAACUUCCACAUUCCCGCAGGCCUCAGGUAGACUUUGAGCCUGAAGGAGAAGUCUUCCUUUGCCCUCCCCACUCCCGUCAGUCUCCAGGCUGUAGGUUUCCUGCCUACAGUGAGAUCGGAUGUGGUCAGGGGAAAGAGCUCCAACCCAGAAACCUUGCACAAAAGUCCUUCUGUACAAAAACAAAACAGCCUACAGCUCUCCAAGCGAAAUCCUUGGCAGGGCUCAGUGAGCACAGGAUGGUCUCUUCGUUGUCCUUCAAGCAACGGCCCCUCCCCUCACUUGCAGAGGAAAGCCAAGAAGCUGUGGAAAGUUGUUUCCAUUCUCGGGUCUCUCUGCUGUCCACGGGCACUUGUUCGCUUCCUGGAGCAUCUCUUGGUGGCUGUUUGCUUAGAGAGCAAACAGGGCUGCCUGGGCAGCAUACUUUAGAUGUGGUAUUUAUUUUCAUAGUUCCUUUGAACACUUGGGAGGGAAAGCUGAGAAAGUGGACUUUAUUUUUCAAGUUGGUGUCAUAAUAUUGUGUAAAAUGGAAAGAAAACACACACACACACACUCCUAGUACUCCCUUCCCCUCACUACCACGGAAAGCCAAAGUGUGUGUCUUAUUUGAAUCCCAAGCCCUGGAGAUGGUGGGGGUGGGGGGAAGGGGCUUUGCUGGGAAAACCAGUCUGUCAGGGAUUCCCUGUUUCUUUGCACUUCCCACUUUCACAGUGUGACAGAAGGACCCUCUGAUGGUCUUAUAUAUGUAUAUAUGUGGCAUAUAUGUUUAUAUAUAAUAUAUAAAUAUUUAUUUACUGCUGGACUUUUCCUGAUUAGAAAUAAACAUAGAUAGUGUGGGAACAGAACGUGGGAAAGAAAAAAAAAAAGAAGAAGGUCCCUACUCUCCCACCAUCAUUUGCUCAUAAAGACACAUUUCCCUGGCUGGUUUCAAGGUUUACGAGAAUGAUCUAGAUCAGAGAGCAACCACAAAACACUGUUUAAGCCUCCUUCCCCCAUGGGUUGAUAAGGAAACUGAGCUGUGGCUAAAAGACUUCUCCAUGGUAUCUUGGCUCAUGAGAUUUAACUGUGAACGUUGCUAAGAAGAUCGCUAAUAGGCAAAAGAACCCGCAUCUGGGAAGAGAGUCAUUUCUGCUCAGCAAGAAGUGGUUCCGCUGGGAUCCAGGUGGUGAGGGAGGAACCAUCAUAUGGCCUGUGCCCACACAAGAAAAGGGGAGGGAGAACCCUUAUACUAAUUCCCAAGUUCUCUAUGGCUUUUCCUACCUGGAGAAAAGCUGGCCUGAUGUUGGCAGAUGGCACCAAACCCAUCAGUUGAUUGAACCACCAUGUCACCUUGUCAGGUCACCAGAUCUUGCCUUGGAAACAUUCCUGGCUUCAGCUGUGACUUCAGUGAAGAGUUACCUUCUGUAGGAUGUUGCCAACCAGGACAGAGCAGUCUCGGGCACGCUCAGUGGGCUUCAGUCAGCCGGUGCCAGCAUUCCCUUUCCUCUCCCGGGGAGGGCGGGGGGGGACUCCACACACAGCAUCACUGGUAGAAAGCAACCUUUGCCUCUGCCCCCAGGCACACCGACACCUUCAUCUCUGUCUCAAAUUUCUCAAGAGGAAACCUAGGCCCAGUUCACGUCAUCCGCCAAGCUGCCUCCAAUCUCACAACGGACAAGGCAGGGAAUAUGAAGACUGUGUAGCCACUGAACCCACCUCUGAAGGAAGUGACCAUCCAGCAUCUAGGGCUGAGGUUUGGAACCACCCUGACCAACCAAACAUGCUUCUGCUGACGAGGGAAAGCCCGGGCCACCCAAAGAACGUAUUUAUGGGAUGCUUGGUGACGCGACAGACAAGCUCCCCAAUAACAGCAGGUACUGUCUUGGAAGCCACUUGAUUCUGAAAUGCUGAGGCAGGUUCAACUUCAGGACCACUGAUGCUAAGACAUUUAUAGAAGUGUUCAAAUAUGUUCCGGCUCCGAUCCCCCAAGGUUACAGCACCAUCAGUAGGUGAAACGGAUUCCCAGAGACUCACAGGUCUCUUGACGGGGCCCUGCAGAAACUGAGAACCAAGCCCUUUUCAGAGGCGCAGAGUGUAAAACCCCACGGCAUUGCUCUUCUGGUUUGCUAAUCUUAGUGAGUCUUGUGUUGUUGUUUAAGCUGACCUUACAAAUCGUCUUUUAAGCGCUA